GACUUAGAUAAAUUAUAAAAAUAAUUAUAUUUCAAGCCACAGUAUGUAAAAAUCACGUAGCUUUUGAGUUCAUGUGGACAGUGAAUUUGUUUCACUCAUCCCUCUCCCCAGAAAUGUGAAAGUUUCGCGAAUCCAAGAUGGCCGCCACUGUUACAAGAAAUCCCUGCUUCGUGAGGGGCCUGUCUGCGUUUGUUUGGCAGUGCCGACCACCGAAUACUACCUUGAGUUUGUCCAAAACACAGCUGAGAUGGAAGGGACACAGUGAAUGGCAAAAUAGAAAAUACAAAAAAGCACACAUUGACUUUGCGCGCAGCAAGGAGUUUGGAAAAUUAUCCCUCGAAAUCAUCACAGCGGUGCGCGACAAAGGACAACCCCUUUGAGACGGUCUUCCUUGAAAUCAAAGGACCAGGGGGUUGUGGACUUCUUGUACAACUGCUAACAACCAAUAAAGUCAAAGCAAAGUAUGAAAUGAACAGAAUUCUACGGAGGAAAGGGGGUGUGUCUAAAGAGGCAGGAUCAGUGCCUUUUCUCUACAAUCACAAAGGAACAAUAACCAUAGAAGAUUUUCUUUUUACGGAGGAAAAACGCAAGUUACCUGAUUAUCCUGAUAAUGAAAGUAUUGAAAGGGCAGAAGAAAUAGCAAUUGAAUGUGGGGUAGAGAAUCUGUUCUUUAGUGAAUCUGAAAAUGGAACAAAAAAUAUAAAGUUCAUCUGUGCAUUGGAAGAUGUGAAACAAGUUUACAAUGACUUAUCAAACAGGUUCCCUGAUAGAUUUCUUUCGUCAGAACAGGAAUACUUACCACGAAAACUUGUUUCUUUGUCUGAAGAACCUUUACAGCAAGCAAAAAUACUGAUUGAUAGCCUGGAAGAGCACUUGGAUGUAGUGAGAGUAUAUGAUAAUAUCAAGGAGUUUCCAAGUCACACUUGCAAGUUGUUCUGUUCCACGUGACAGAUCUCUCCCAACUUUGGAGUUAAUGCAACCUGCCGUUUGUAAGCCCCCUCCAACUUAAGCUAUUCUGGUUUCGAGAGAUAGGAUCUUGGUAUAAUGUGACAUCUUGAAGGUUAACCCUUUAACCCCUAAGAGUGACAAGCAUCUAAUUUCUCCUUACAAGAUCACCUCUGAUUCACAUAUUCAGGUCAUGGGAAUAAAGGAAAUGAUCAUUACGAAAA